AUGACCACACAAUACUUGAUCGGAUACCUCCGUGAAGGGACUGCUUUGGAAACGGGUGACAGCGCCAAAAACGCACCCCCAGCAACAGCGGCCAUUCAGGGCAAGAAGGAGGUAACCUGGGCUGAUAUUAUUUUCAGUCCAACAUGGAGUAAUUUCCUCAUUCCAGUGGCCAUUUCAGGCAUCAUUUACUUGGCAUACAAAGGCCUUAAAGCUCUCUUCUUAUAA